AUGAGUUCAUGUUCAGGAGACAAGCAAAACAUGCAUGAACAAACUGGUUGCUUUGAUCCCAACACAAUGGAUGAAGGUAUUCAAAAUUCUCUUAAAGAUAAUAACUUUUCUCAAACUCACCCAAAUCAAAUGGUUGAAGGUAAUCAUAAUCAUUCUGAGGAGGAUUUCUCUUAUCAUAAUCAUAAUCCACAGCACCUUGAUAACCAUUUGGGGCAAGAGGUAUAUCAGAACAACUCAACUUGGGACCCUAAUGUUCAUGAGUUACAAGGUAUGGAUUAUGCUAAUCACCAACAACAACACCAACUACAUGAACAACAGUUUCAACAAAUUGUUGAGCCGCAAAACCAUAACCAAACCUACAAUCCGUCGAACAUACUCGACCCUCAUUACACUUCACCUGAUCUUUUAAACCUUCUUCAUUUGCCUAGAUGCUCAGCAUCAUCUUUCCUCACAAACCCGAAUCAAAAACCGCCAAAUUUUCAUAACUCAAUGAGUUUUCUUGGAGAUCUUCCGAUGGGUUCAUCGGACAAUACAAGUGGACCAUCAGUUUUGUAUGAUCCUCUAUUUCCUUUGAACCUUCCUCCACAGCCACCGGCCCUCAGAGAGUUGUUUCAAUCUCUGCCUCGCGGCUAUAGUAUGCCGACUAGCUCGAGGAACGGUUCUCUUUUCGGUGGAGGCGAUGAGAUGGAAGGAGAUGGAGACAUGGGAGUGCUGGAAUUCAAUAGGGUUGCUGCUAAUGUUAGCAAAGGAAGAGGAGGAAAAGCUACAAAACAUUUUGCAACAGAGAAACAAAGAAGAGAGCAAUUGAAUGGAAAGUACAAAAUCUUGAGGGGUCUCAUCCCAAAUCCCACCAAGGUUGAUAGAGCAUCAGUGGUUGGAGAUGCUAUUGAGUACAUAAGAGAGCUGAUUAGAACAGUGAAUGAGCUGAAACUAUUGGUGGAGAAGAAAAGACAUGGGAAGGAAAUGUGUAAGACACUUAAAGCUGAAGAUGCGGCUGCAGAAAGCUGUAACAUAAAGCCUUUUGGUGAUCCAAAUGGAAGCAUAAGGACUUCAUGGCUGCAGAGGAAAUCUAAAGACAGUGAGGUUGAUGUCCGGAUUGUCGACGACGAUGUUACAAUCAAACUGUUUCAGAGGAAGAAAGUUAAUUGUUUACUGUAUGUCUCCAAGGUUCUGGAUGAACUUCAGCUGGAGCUUCGCCAUGUUGCAGGUGGACAUGUCGGUGAAUAUUGCAGUUUCUUGUUCAACAGCAAGGUAAGUGAAGGUUCAUCAGUUUAUGCAAGUGCUAUAGCCAACAAGGUGAUUGAUGUUCUGGACACCCAAUAUGCUGCAGGAGUUCCAUAUCCAAGUAGACUGUAG